CCGCGAGCGCGAAGCGGGCACGGGCCUCAGUGCCGAUCCUGGAGCGCCAGUGUACCGAACACGAACGGCCGUCGCGAGUGCCGACGAGGACGACGACGUCGACGUCGACGCCGCUGUGUGUGCGUGCGUGUGUGUGUGCUUGUCGCCGGCCUGGCCAGGCAGAGCCGAGGGCAGAGCGCGCGCAUGGCGGGCUAGAAGCAGCAACAUCAGCAGCACCAACUUGACGUGCCACGCCCACCAGCAGCAGUGCUUUCCCCGGCCGAACGGCCGGCAGGCCCUCGGGUGCCUUCGGGCCGCCACCACCGGCACUUGACUCGGGUCAAGUCCUAGAUUGACGGAAGGCAGGCCGAGCGCGCCGAGCGCCGCACCGUCCGCCAUGGCCUCCACCAUGCAGUUCGACUACCAGGCGGAGCAGCUGCUCAUCAACAAGAUGGUGAUCCUGUUCAAGGAGCACGAGCAGCAGCACGGGGAGCGCCUGGCCGCGUCGCCGCGCUCCACGUCGCUCACGUCGCUCCGCGGCGCCAGGAAGGCCAAGGGCAAGAACGGGCGCAACGGCAAGAGCGCCGAGGCGGAGGACGCCGACAAGACCCCCAAGAUCGACGAGCUGCGGCGGCAGAGCCCCGCCAGGAGGAGCCUGCUCGUCCGGAAGGGGAGCGCCGAGGCCGCGGGCCACUGGGACGACAAGGGGGAACGCAAUGGAGAACGCAAUGGAGAACGCAAUGGAGAACGCAAUGGCGAACGCAAUGGCGAACGCAACGGGGACCACCAAGUUGACGGCGGCAAGAAGGACAAGAAGGACAAGUCCGGCGGCUUCCUAGGGCUGCUGACCAGCAAGAACAAGAAGAACAAGGUGGCCUCGCCGCCGCUGAGCCCCACGGGCAGCCUGCAGAAGCUGCCGCCACUGAGCCCCGCGGGGAGCGUACAGAGGCUGCCGCCGCUGCAGAGACACGCCGGCAAGCAGGACAGCAAGCUUGAAGUGCGCAGGGCGCUGGCCGCGGCGGCCGAGGCCCAGCGGAUUCGCCAGCAGCAGGGCAAUGGCCAACAGCCCCGCCACCGAGGCCUGCACGGCUCGGGGGCCUCGACGCCGACCACGCCCACCAGCCCGGUGGCCAGCCCACUGCCCGACAGCGGCCUCAACGGCGUGCAGCGGCAGGCGCGUCUCGAGGCGCAGGCCAAGCAGACGCAGAGCAUUCUCGAGAGCAUGCACGCCCAGCAAGUGCAAGUGCCGAGCUCUCCCAGGAGCCUUCCGCCCACGCCCACCAGUCCCCAGAGCACCAUCUCGUGGAGUCCACCGCCCACGCCAAACACAUCGGUGAGCCCGGAGGCCCGCAAAAUGCCGUCGGCACUCACCAGCCCGCCGACCCGGGAACCGCCAUCCACUCCAACCCGGAGCCCGCCGGCGACCCCCACAAGUCCUCAGAGCGCGACACCGCGCAGCCCGCCAUCCACGCCAAGCACCCCUGUGAGUCCACAGGCCGGAGGCGUGUCCCCUGCGCCGGGUCGUGGCCAGCAGCAGGUGUCCACCGCCCUGCUGCACGCCGAGAGGCAAGACAGGCAGCGCCGCGACCCCAGCCCGCCCCUCAGCCCCACGCUGAGCCAGCUGGACGGGUCGCCGGGGCAGCGCAGGAGGGCGCUGGCGGAGCGCAUCGCGCGGACGCCGUCGCCGAGCCCCGCGCCCAGCCCGCAGCAGGCGCCCAGGCCCCAGGCGGAGGUGAAGCAGCGGCAGCAAGGCCGUCGCGCAGCGGGGCCGCUGGCCAAGACGGCCGCCUCGUCGCCCGCCACGCCGCCGUCCCCGUCCCAACAGGACGUCGACGAGGGGCUGCAGCGCUCCUCCUCGCAGCGACGCUCGGGCAGGCGCGGCCUGGGCGCCUUCUUCCACAGCCUCACCAAGGGGUCCUCCUCUCCCGCCAAGCAGGCGCCGCCCCCGCAGCAGCAGGCUGAGCCAGAGCCCCAGCAGAAGAGCCCGCCACAGCCCGCCCCGCAGAAAAGCCCCCCGCAAACAGAAGAAAACAAUCAAAAGCCGAAGAGUACGCCGCCUUCAAACACCACUCAAGAUGAAAGACCGCCGCACCUGAGCAUUGCUCAAAAGACGAGUCCUCCUCAACUGCCACCACUGCAGAUUCCGCCCCAGCCGACCACGCCCCGAAGCCCCGCCGGGGAGCUCAGGGACAUGGCCUUGCUGUACCACGAGCAGCUCUUGUCGCAGGAGCGAUCGGCGCCCGCUAGGGACUACACGAGCCCCCCGGGAAAGUCCACGGCGCCGCCGAGGGACUCCGCUGCUCCGUCGAGGGAGUCCACGACCCCGUCGAGGAACUUGACGGAGACAUCGUGGCACUCGACGUCCUCGACGAAGGAAGUGACGACGUCUUCGAGGAGCGCCACCCUCUCACUGUCGUAUUCGGAGCGGACUCCUGGCCGCGCGACGCCCCAGCCCGCCUCGCCCGCCUCG